AUGCUCAGUCACACUUUCAUCAUCUUCCAUUUCUUUCUCUUCACCAUUUUCAUUCUCCCUUCACUUUCUCUUCCUUCACAAAACAUCACACUCUUUGGUGAUGCUUCCUACACAGACACUUCCAUUACUCUCACAAAACAACAACACACUUGUCUUUCUUCUUCUUCUUCUUCUUCUUCUGGAAUUGGAAGAGCUUUCUACCUCUAUCCUGUUCGUUUUCUUGAUCCUUUAACUAACUCAACCGCUUCUUUUUCAUGUCGUUUCUCUUUCUCAAUCCUUUCUUCACCUUCUUGUCCUUCUUCUUCCGAUGGCAUUGCUUUUCUCAUUUCAUCAACCACUGAUUUCUCGUCUCUCUCUAAUGGUUACAUGGGCCUUCCUCAUUCUGAUCAAGAUUCUUACUUUGCGGUUGAAUUUGAUACGAGUUUUGAUCCUUCUCUUGGUGACAUUAAUGGAAACCACGUUGGUAUUGAUCUUGGCAGUGUUGUUUCUUUUGCUUCUGCUGAUCUUCUUUCACGUCGGAUUGAUUUGAAAAGUGGGAAAAUCAUCAAUGCAUGGAUUGAGUAUAGAGAUGAUAUGAAAAUGGUUCGUGUUUGGGUUAGUUACUCUUCAACUAGACCUCCAACACCAAUUAUUGCUUCAUUCAUUGAUCUUUCUGAGAGAUUUAAAGAGUUUAUGCAUGUUGGUUUCUCUGCUUCUAAUGGAAAAGGUUCAAGUAUUCACCUUGUUCAUCAUUGGCAGUUCAAAACUUUGAGUUAUUCUCAUUCUGUUGGUCCAAUGGAUAAUGUAGAAGAAGGUGACUGUUUCUUGUGUUAUGCUGGUGAUUCAAAAGCAUCGAAGAAAAAAGGUGAAAAUUCUAGGACAAAUAUUAGUGAGAUAGCUCUUGGAAUUGGUGGCAUAACAGCUUUUGUUGUGGGGUCUGCAUUGGCACUAAUCGUUGUGAUAUGUGUUUUGAUUAAAAGGAAAAGGGGGGUAAUUAGAAAGAUUAGGGAAGGUCAGAGUAGUAGGUUUCAGACAAAUAAAGUUCCAGUCAAGUUAUCACUUUCAGAGAUUACAUCAGCUACAAUGGGAUUUAAUAGAGAUAGACUAGUUGGUGAAGGUGCAUCAGCAAAAGUUUAUAAAGGGUCACUUCCAUUUGGAGGUGAUGUAGCUGUCAAGAGAUUCGAAAAAAUCGAUGAAUUGGAUCGCUUACACAAUCCUUUUGCAACCGAGUUCGCUACAAUGGUAGGUUGCUUGCGGCACAAGAAUCUGGUUCAGCUUAAAGGGUGGUGUUGUGAAGGGAAUGAAUUGGUUUUGGUUUAUGAGUAUCUACCAAAUGGAAGCCUUGAUAAAGUUCUGCAUAGGAAUUUAAGUUCUUCAUUUGUUCUUUCAUGGAAACAAAGAGUUAAUAUAAUUCUAGGUGUUGCUGCUGCUCUUACCUAUCUUCAUGAAGAAUGUGAGAGACAAAUCAUUCAUAGAGAUGUGAAGACAUGUAACAUAAUGCUUGAUGUUGAUUUCAAUGCAAAGCUUGGUGAUUUUGGACUAGCAGAAGUGUAUGAACAUAGUUCUAGUACAAGGGAUGCUACUAUACCAGCAGGAACAAUGGGAUAUCUUGCACCCGAAUAUGUUUAUUCGGGUGUUCCAACCGUGAAGACUGAUGUAUAUAGUUUUGGUGUCGUGAUAAUUGAAGUUGCGACUGGGAGGAAGCCUGUUGCAGACGACGGAACUGUCAUUGGUGACUAUGUUUGGAGUCUGUGGGAAAAGAAUAGACUCGUUGAGGCGGCUGAUCCGAAAUUGAUGGGGGAAUUUGAUGUAAUUGAGAUGGAGAGGAUGUUAUUGGUAGGGCUUGUUUGUGUGCAUCCAGAUUAUGAGAAGAGACCUAGAGUUAGAGAUGCAGCUAGAAUGAUAAAGAAAGAAGCACCACUUCCAUUGUUGCCUACAACUAAACCAUGGGUGAGGAUUAUGCCUGUUUGUCCUAAUGACACACCUGAAACUCAAGAUGUUGUUGGUGAUUGGGUUAGUAAUGAUGAGGCUCCUUAUUUGACUCCUAGGAGCCAAUUUUACUAG